AUUUUUCACUAUAAAAGCUAGCUAGAUCGGGUUCAAAUCGUCAGUCAAUUGUUGUACACAGCAAGUGUUAAGUAAACCCUUCUCUAAGUCAAACCAUCAAAGGUUAAAACCUCCCCAACAACAACCGCCAAAAUGUACAAGCUGUUCGUUUUCUCGUGCCUGAUUGCCGCCGCCGUCGCUGCCCCAGCCCCAGGCGUUGCCCUCGUGCACUCUGCCCCAGUCAUUGCUGCUCCAGUUGUGCACCACGCCCCAGUGGCCGUUAGCCAUUCCUCUUCCCACGUUGUGCACCAUGCCCCAGUCGUCAAGCACGCCGUUGUUGCCCACCAUGCCCCAGUUGUCGUUGCCCACCACGCCCCAGUCGUGAAGGCCGUCCCAGUUGUCCACCAUACCCCAGUGGUUCACCACGCCCCAAUUGUCCACCACGCUCCAGUUGUCCACCACACCCCAGUCCUGGCUAAGACCGUCGUCGCUGCCCCAGUCGUCGUCAAGUCCCACGCCGUCGUUGCCCACCAUGCCCCAGCCGCCGUCCUGGUCCACCAUUAAAUUCCUUAACACAAAACUCCCUUAAAACAAAAAAAAACCAGUCCCCCACACUCACUCAGAACAAAAGAACAACUGUAAAGACUAAAAACAACUCUCAUCCAUAAAAGCAACAACAAAACAAAACAAAGAACACAAAUAUGUUUGUACAUAAUAUACUCUCUAAGUAGCUAUGUGAUGUGCACAACCCAAACGACUUUCCUUUUUGUGAUUAAUUUGCAAAAAAGAACAUAGUUUGAGUCAGUUAAUAGUGAAAAAAAACAACAUCAAAGAUAUGAAUGAAAAAAAAACACAAGAGCAAUAAUAUAAA